GAGUAACCCGCAACCACCGCACAUUAGGUACCGAGAGGGCAGGCAAGAACCGAGCAAAUCAGGGCAGCAGGUGCCUGCUGCCAAGUCUUGGUCUUGGUCUUGGUGCGCUGUGUAAAGACGACUCAGCGAUGGAGGGGUCGACGGCGACCGAGGGUCAUGUGGUCGGGAUCCCGGUGAGCACAAGGGCUUAUGGCAUCGAGGAACCCGACUUCUCGGUAGAAGAGACGACGCCCGACCGUGGAGAGUUCCCGAGCUCCUUCCAGUACUACAGCCAUGAUGCUGCCAGUUCGACGACGACCGCCGCCGAUCGGCCGACGAGCAAUCAACAAGCCACUAGGAAGGGAGACAAGAUCGUCCGGGGCAUCAAAGAACAUGUGACCCUGGGACCGAAGCUCUCCGACACGGUGAAGGGGAAGCUCUCGCUGGGCGCGAAGAUCCUCCGGGCCGGCGGCAGCGUGGAGAAGCUGUUCCGGCAGUGGUUCUCGGCGGACAAGGACGAGAAGCUGCUGCGGGCGUCGCAGUGCCACCUGUGGACGACGGCGGGGCCCAUCGCCGGCGUGCUGUUCGUGUCGACGGCGCGGGUGGCCUUCCGCAGCGACCGGUCGCUGUCGCUGGCGGUGUCCACCCCGCGCGGCGACUGCAGCUUCCGCGCGCCGUACAAGGUGGCCGUCCCGCUGCGGAAGGUCGGGGCGGUGCGGCCCAGCGAGAACAGGCACCGGCCGGAGCAGAGGUACGUGCGGCUCGCCACCACCGACGGCUUCGAGUUCUGGUUCAUGGGCUUCGUCAGCUACAACAAGUCGCUGCAGCACCUGGAGCGGGCCGUUGCGUGCGCGCGGCAGGCGCGGUGACGGUGUGCUAGUUCUGGGCCGGCUCUGUAUGUGUAGGCUGCAGCUGCAACAUGUCGUUGUACAUCUGGGCGAUCGGUUGCCCUGGUAAGCAGGUUGGUCAUAGACUCACAGGCGACCGGUCAGGCAUGUGGUCUUUUGGGGUUGGGCAAGAAAUUCACCAUGAAUUUGAAAUAGAGAGUGCUGGUGUAGUGGUGUGACAAUGGCGAAACCGCCAUCAAUAUCCAUUCUUUUCUCAAGC